AGUAUUCCCCGAACGACAGUGCUCAGCCCCCACUGGCUGAUGUCUAGCCACUGAAAUUCUAGGGCUCAAGUGGUGGAGAUUAAUAUCACGGCUCGCCCGCCAGCACAAUUCCGGAUUCUAUCAACUUGCAGUGAUAAGACUGAUAACGGCGCGGGUAAUGGCUGAGGGUUACUCGCUCCAGUGAUAACAGUGCUCAGUUCCAGCACUGGAUGGCUGGUAGUUCUAGUCACGCACCGUCAUUAGUCGGUUCAUUUAUUGACUAUUCAAAACGUUCUCGGAGCUCCAACAAGCCCCCGCGAGUGAAGAUACUUGAAAUCUCCGCCAAGUGUCCUAGACAUCUUUAAAUAUUAAAAAGAAAAUCUUGCACUGAGUUCGUCGUUGAACAAACGUGUUUCCGCUAAUAGAUCAGCAUCAGAUUGUUAAUACUAAAAUCUUAAUUGCAAAGCUCGCAAUUGUGCUGGAGCUGCAAAGUGAAUAAUAGCGUUCGCCAUUCCAUGAGCUUAGGUUUAAGGUCGUCCGUUCGCGCAAGCAAAUUGUGAAAAAUGUCUGCGUCAGACUGAACCUAUUCGUAGUUUGGCAUAGUACGUAGUCGAGCUGAAGCUUUCGCAAGUGCAUGGUGGAAUAAUUGUGUUUUGAUUAGAAAUUUACGACUGAACGUAGGAAAAGCUCACACUCGGCCACUGCGUCACUGAGCCCCACAUCGCCUGACCCAUUCAAGAGCAGCUGAACCCAAAGGUCGGAGAAAAAUGCUGGGCAUGAAAUAUUUAUCAGAAACCCACUUGAAGGGUUUCGACCGGUACAAGUACAAUAGCAUCGAUACAAGUUUCCUUAGCGUGUAUAUUAUGCAUCCGUUCUGGAAUGAAUGUGUUAAGAUAGUUCCACGUUGGGUAGCACCCAAUCUUUUAACAUUUAGUGGUUUCCUGCUAACAAUCCUCAAUUUUCUAAUAAUUGGAUAUUUUGAUUGGGGAUUUGAUGCGGCAAAUGGUGAUAAAAAUACAGUUCCUAGAUACAUUUGGCUUAUAGCAGCUAUUAAUAUAUUCGUAGCAUAUACCUUAGACGGAAUCGACGGAAAGCAAGCACGACGCACCGGAACAAGUGGUCCUUUAGGUGAACUAUUUGAUCAUGGGGUGGACUCCUACUCAAGUGUGCUAGUACCAAUCUAUAUGUUCUCAUUAUUUGGAACACUCGACUUACCACCGAUUAGAAUGUUCUUUGUGAUUUGGAACGUAUUCUUGAACUUUUAUUUAUCACAUUUCGAAAAGUACAAUACAGGCGUCAUGUUCCUACCAUGGGGCUACGACUUUACAAUGUGGGGUGUUACAUUAACACUAUUUGCAAGCUGGUGCUUUGGUCCAGAAAUAUGGAGGCAUCGGUUACCGUAUGGAAUUGUACCUGCCCGCGUUUUCGAAUUUAUACUCAUUUCAUCUGGCCUUGUCACUAGUCACCCAAUUAUUAUUAAGAAUAUUUAUAAUUCAUACCGAAAACGUACUGGAAAAAUGCGUCCCAUCCUUGAAGCCCUUCGUCCUUUAUAUCCAUUCGGUUUGCUCUUCGUAAUAACCACACUUUGGGUUUGGUACUCAAGGAAUCAAAUCCUGGAUUUGGAGCCAAGAAUAAUGUUUGUACUUUUUGGAACGAUAUUUUCUAAUAUUUCGUGUCGUCUGAUCGUAGCCCAAAUGUCAGAUACUCGAACUGAUGCGUGGAAUGCAUUGAUGUGGCCACUGUGCUUCGUUGCAUUUAUGUCCUGCGUACCUGUGGACGAACUGCUCGGAUUUGCCCCCAUAACAGUGCACACAGAACGGUGGAUGGUCUACAUGUUGACGACAUUUGCAACUUUUGCACAUAUUCAUUACGGACAUGGAAUAGUGCGUGAAAUGUGUGAUCAUUUCAAUAUUAAAUGUUUCAGAAUUACCAAACCUAUCGCCGGUAUGGAUGGAGUUUAAGCAAUACAAUUUCAGGGGGAAUACAGGUAACGACGAAAUGGAAAGAAUCUAUGCACGAUUGAGUGUAAGACUGAACUUUGAUUAAUUUGGCCAGAAUAUCGUUUGCCACAAUAUUUCCCUAAGUUUCCUAUACUUUUUCUAGUUUUAGAGAAAAUCGAAUGUAUAUAAACUUUUAUCUUGUACUUGUUAAAACCGAUGUAAUAAAUAAAGACGAUAAGAA